AUGGGCAAUCCGACUCAAGAGCUGAUCUACACAAACUUCAUUCGUCCAUUCCUGACACAAAGACUGAACUCAGGUGGUGACUGCACAUUGCCAUUUAUCAACAGUUUGGACUUCAUCCUGCAGAAUUUUGGGGUUUUCUCUCCUUUAGCACAACUUCAAGAUUUCUACAAUUUAAACAGCAACUUUUCAGCUCUGGAUGCUCUUUCUGUUCUCACACCGAUGCAACUGAAUGAUUUGGUGUUCACACCUCCUGCUAGAGCGGGAGACAGAAACGAAAUCCUCAGAAGAGUCUUUGACUUCCUUCUUCAACCAUCUAACAGAGACAAACUCAACAACUUCCUGCCUUCUCUUCAGACACAAGCCCGCCCGUCAAACUUCAGUUGUGAAAAUUACAGAAACAUCUUUGACAGAAUAGAUCAGACUUUAUCAUCACUCCUUCCUAACCAGACUGACGCUCUGCUGACUAUUAGAGAUUCAAUAAUGAUGAUUCCUCCUGAUGAGUGCAUAUUGAGAGCCAGUCAAUGUGCAGUAACUCCUGUAAAUGAAGCUGUCAUCUGUGCAAGUGUCAACAGCUCUGCUUUGAGUCAGUUCUUGAAUACAGUAACUGUGAAUGCAGCAGGAUCACUAAAUGUUUGCAACUUCAGCGUCCAGCAGUUUGCCUGUCUGCCAACGGUUUCAAGGUUGACCACUCAACAAGUUGCUGAUCUGUUGGCGUGUUCACUGUCCACUAAUGUGACAAAAGACACCUGGAAACUUUUCUUCAGCAAACUCGGCACACAACUUGAUGAUGCACUGCAGAGAUUCACUAACACGAGACUGAGAGAUCCUGCCUUCAUUGGCACAUGGUUUCAGGGAAGACUAACCCCCUUCUUACCAUCACUAUCUCAAGGAGCUCUGUCCUGUCUCAGCACCAAAAACCUAACUUGUGAAACUUAUCGCAGAAUUGUUGGAGCUUUCGUAAAUGUAGUUCCACAAGACGGCCAAGAUGUCUGCAAACCCUUGCAAUCCACAACUAUCACCCAAAGACAGGAUCUGAUCUACACACAAUUCAUUAAUGCUUUCCUCUCUCGCAACGACACUGACGAUCCCAGAUGUCUUAGAGAUUCAGUCAACACCUCACAGUGGCUUGCUAGAAACUUUGGUCCGUUUGCGCGGUCAGCUCGUCUAAUGGCACUUCAGACACUCAACAGAAACUUUUCAACGGUGGAGGUUCUGCCUUCUUUGACUGUGAGCCAACUAUCUGAGUUUGCUGCCACUCCCGGAUCACUGACAGACCCUUCAGGUGUCAACACCACGAUGCAGUAUGUUAAGGAUUGCCAGUUGGGAGUUUUCUUUGACCUGUUUUCCCCAGCAGUCCAGGGUGUCCCGCUCACACAAGAUGUGAAAACCACAUUGAUACAACAGAUAUUUAAUAGAGCUAACCUGUCUAAUGUAAACACCAGCAAUGAUGAAGUUCUCAGUUGGAUAAAUACUAGAUUGAAUCCUCUGCUAACCAACCUUACGGACAGCCUCGUCACUCCGUUGUUCGGCAUCCUCGGCACAAGAGACUGCAACAUCACCCAAGCUGCAGUGAACCUUUUAGAUGUUGUCCGACCUUCAAUGCCAAACAAUACCAAAAACGCAGUCUACAAUAACAUUCUUCUGUCCUUCAGAGGGCCAGCUCCUCUGAGGUGCUACAGAAACAACAGCUUCAUGGCUUUCUUAAAUGGAAGCCUUUUGGGAUUUGGGCCUCUUCCAAAUGUGACCACCCUUCUCUCUUUGAUACCACCACCUCGCAUAACAGAGAUUGUGAAUUCUGUAGCUCCUCCUGAGCUAGGAAACUACCUCGCACAACCAAAUGUGGUGGACGGUGAUACAGAAAUCUGUGUCAUCUUCAAAAACCUGGUCAAAACUCCCGUGUUUUUGGAAACUGUGGACGUACCAGAUAAUGUUAAAAGCACGAUCCUGCCGUGCGUCUGGCCUCUCGCAUUGUCCAGUGACAAUCAAACUGAGAUUGACUUGUGGUUUGAUCGUAGACUUAGGCUCUAUUUGCAGUUCCUGAACACGGAUAUACUAGGGUCAAAUGACACAAUGAAUGCAUCGUGCCAAUCGUACAAGAAAAUGGUGAAUGUUUUGGGCAGUCAAUUCUUUAAUUCUUCCCAGCUUAACAGUACGGAUAUAUACAACAGCGCCAUUAAGACAUAUCUGACUACAGACUCUCAACCAAAGUGUUUCAGUGUCAAUGACCCAAGAUUGAACUCAACUUCGUGGUUCGUCGAUUACAUCGGUGUCAAUUUCAUCAGCUUUGUGAGCAUAGACGAUCUCUACUCUUUCGGGCCCGAGACCACGAUGAAACAGUUCAGCGUGAAUCCCGACAACAUAAAGCUGUUCAAUCAACCAGGAAUUUCCAAAAAAGUUUUAAGCCGCUACACUGAGCUCAUCUUCCUGCAAAACGUCAACUUUGAUCUGUUUAGCUUGCCUUCGACAUUGCAGUGCGAUGCCCCUGUGUCAGUCUUCACUAAUAUAAAUGAAAAUCAGACUAAUGUCAUUCUUGCUAACUUUAAAACAUCUUGCUCCGAUGUGGAUCCUCAGAUAUCUGCUGUCCUUGUUGGAAAAUUACCAAAAACCAUAAACAGUGAUAUUAUUAAAAACUUGGGACAAGAAAGUGUCGGACUAACCACAGUACAAAUAACCAAUGCAGAUCCAUCAGUUAUAAUCGAUAGUCUCUCAACAUUGGGCAGUGCAACUGGCUGGAAUCUUGGACAGGCCCAGGCCAUCAUAACAGUGAUCCUUAAUGGAAACUUUCAGCUCAACAGUAGCAGCAGUUUGGAGAGUCUAGGAUCUCUUAUUGGAGGAAUCCCUUCAGAAAAGCUGACUGCUAUUGCUCCACAACAACUUCUUGAAACAUCUAAAAACCCAACAUUUAUUAAAAACAUACUCGUAGCCCCAGAGAUUAUUCAGAUGACCUAUGUGACUCAGAUUAUCACCAUCAGCACAUCUGUGUCUGCUCUAAUGGAAAAUGUUCCCAAUGCGAUGGCUCUGCAAAUUCCAAGAAACCUUCUGAUUAUUCCCCCCAAUGCUGAUGAAAAUGUUAAGAAACAAUUUAAUCACAAAAAGUGGAAACCUGAACAGGCAGUUCUGUUCUUCGAUACCGUCGCUGAUGCGUUUAAUGAUACUGAAGAACUGUCAGUGGAUGUAUUGCAAGGAUUCACAUGUGCUCGAGUGCAGACAUACUCAACAGUCAAAGCCGUGGGAUUUGUCAAGGCCUGCCGUCACAGAGGAGACAGACCUAAGGUCGUACUGAGUGAGUCUCAGCUGACGUGCAUGUACAACUUGGUCAAAAAUGAUUUGCCAUUGGAUUUUGUCAACUAUCCUAGAGAUAUGUUGCUUUACUACAAUUAUAACGCGAUCCCAAGUAGCAACUGUACAUCAUAUUUUACUCAAGUAGGAUUAGCCGAUUUCUCAGUCCUCUCGACCGAACUGCAAGGGAAACGGGACACUUUGUGGAGUAAUGCUCAAGGCUGCCUUAAAAUUGUUGGAACAAGUAUCAAGAAAACGGAAUUGGCAGUGCUGGGCAAUUUGGUAUGUGCUGCAAGCAAAGACUACAUUUUAAACUCUGACCCUGAAAUCCUUGAAAACUUGAAGAAAUGCAAAGAUCUCUCAGACCUGCAGUUGGCAGCCAUGGAAACGGUUCUCUUGGCUGGAAAUACAACAUACGGACCACCAAGCACAUGGGACCAGAAAACACUUGCCGAUCUCGGAAAUCUUCCUUUGUAUUUCUCUCAAAAAUUCUGGGGAUCAUUCAAAUCGAGCGAUUUAGCCAAGUUCUUGAAAACCUUCCUGAAAUCACUGCGUGACAAUAACACCCCAAAACCACGAAUGAAGAGACUGUUUAACGCUCUCAUUAUAACUACAACACCGCCCACCAGGGCAGGGGAAACCUGUACUAAGGGCAACAUCACAAAUGUUGAGAUAAGUGAUGACGCCUUCCCCUUUGGAUAUACUGCAACACAGUUCAAGCUAUGUAUGAGUGCUCAGGUAGCAAGUGACAACCUUGCUGCGCUGUGUGAGAAAAUCGACAUUAGUGACUUUCAGAGAAUCAUUUUGGACAAACUCAAUGAGAUAUCACCAAAUGGCCUUUCAGAAAGUCAGGUUAAGGUGCUGGGUGCAGUGUCCAGAAAUGCAACAUUGGGUGAAAUAAAUAAAUGGAACAUCACAAAAGCAGACACACUGGGUGCAUUGAUGGAUGCAAACAAUGGCGAAUGGACCUCUGGACAGAGCAACCUAAUCAUUACGAAGUACCUAAACGCUAACAAUAAUCUGACUGCAACUGAGCUGAAUCUAGUGAAAGGACCAAACCUUUGCUCUCUGAAUAGCAGCACCUUGAGCUCGAUAUCACCUGAUAGCAUUAAGGGAGCCGAUGCCUUGGAUGUGACAAAAUGUUCGUCUGAUAACAAGAAAGCGCUCUUCUCCGUAGCUAAACAAGCUUUUCCCCUUUCAUCUACCAGAGCGUCAAGUGCCAUCCUCAGAGCAUUUCAGCUUAUUGAGUCCUAUAUUGGGGGUGCAGAUUUAUCGUACAUCAAGACUCUAGCGGGUUUAAACGUCACCAUGAGCUUGACCACUUUUAUGAAACUGGAUACAGACGUUGUCAAGAAUCUCACCGUGUCUGAUGUUAGGGGGCUUCUUGGGGUAAAUCUGCAGGAUCUAAAAACAUAUGAAAAUCAAACGACCGUGCAAAGCUGGAUACAAUCGCGGCUGCAGUCGGAGCUGGAUACUCUGAAUAUCUCACUGACUGGAGGGAAAGUAACCGCUUCACCAACUACUACUUCGGUUGUUACAAAUGCUACGACAGUAACUGUUGCUGCUACCACCCCUAAAACAACCUCUUCAGGAGCUCCAGGAAUCAGACCCAGCAAAUGGUCACUUUCAUUCACCAUUAUUGUACUCAUUUUUACCAUCAUCAAAGUGGAGAUCACAGAGCACCGCUGAUUUCAAAUCAGACAUACGUGUAAUCAUCUUUAAGAUGGUGUGAGACUAUAUUGCUGGAAUCAAUAUAAACAUAUAUGUAUAUAAAGAAAAAUACUUAAUCUGUUUAAAAUGAUGAUAACAAUUGAUUAUUAUUGAUCCCAGUGAAUAUCCUCUCUAUAUUUAUCACUAUUAAUGUUAUUUAGAACUGAUAUUAUUAACAUUAUGGAACAUAUCUACUUUUGAAUAUUACAUGAUAUUAAUAGUGACAUUGUAAUUGUGUAUUUUAUUCAUUAAAAUAGGAAAUUUGCAGACAGAAUAUGUAGCAUUUUGAUUUAAAAAAAUGUCUCACACUAAAUGGAUGUUUAAUUUAUUUAUAAUCACUAGAAUUAUAACUAUGCUAUACUGAAACUUAAUCUGACCUCUGAUUUGUUUUAAGUUCUACACCAAAACAUUUAUUUCAAACAUUAAAAAUGAUCUUUCUUUGUUUUAAAUCACACAAACAUUGCAUACAAGUUCUAUGAAUGGUGCCUGUUUAUUUGUGACAAUGAUCAUACCUGAUGAAGUAAAAUAUCAUCUUUACUACAGAAACAAAUAAAAGGUAAUCUAUGAUGAACAAA